AUGACAUCCAGUGGAUGGCAUGUUGAAAGGAGGCAAAGGUCAACAAAUGAAUCCCCUUUAUCAAGCGAGUCAGAAAAUGCACCUGAGACUGGGUCACUAUCCAUUGUUGUGCUUGGUGCUUCUGGUGAUCUUGCUAAGAGGAAGACGUUUCCAGCACUUUUUCGCCUAUAUAGGCAGGGAUUCCUACUACCAAAUGAGGUUUGUGUUUUUGGCUAUGCUAGGACAGAAAUCGAUAAUAACGAAUUUAGAAACCGCUUACGUGGCUAUCUUGUUCCUGGAAAAGAUUCUUCCCCCGAGCAGCUAGAGGAAGUAUCAAAGUUCUUGUAUCUGGUCAAAUAUGUAAGCGGCUCUUAUGAUUCUAAGGAUGGUUUCUGUAAUUUGGAUAAGGAUAUUUCACAGCAUGAAUCUUUGAAAAAUAGUGCUGAUGGUUCUUCUCGAAGGCUUUUCUAUCUUGCCCUUCCUCCUUCAGUAUAUCCAUCAGUUUGCAAGAUGAUAAAGACUUAUUGCAUGAAUAAAUCUGAUCUUGGUGGGUGGACACGUAUUGUUGUUGAGAAGCCUUUUGGUAAGGAUCUGGAAUCUGCAGAGCAACUCAGUACCCAGAUUGGAGAGUUGUUUGAAGAACCUCAGAUUUAUCGUAUUGAUCACUACUUAGGAAAGGAACUAGUGCAGAAUAUGUUAGUACUUCGUUUUGCAAACCGAUUCUUCAUGCCUCAAUGGAACCGUGACAACAUUGCUAAUGUGCAGAUCGUUUUCAGAGAAAAUUUUGGAACUGAAGGCCGGGGUGGAUAUUUUGACCAGUAUGGAAUUAUUCGAGAUAUAAUUCAAAACCAUCUGCUGCAGGUCUUUUGCUUGGUUGCCAUGGAAAAACCAGUUUCUCUCAAGCCCGAACACAUUCGGGAUGAGAAAGUGAAGGUUCUCGAAUCAGUACAGCCUAUUAAAGAUGAUGAGGUUGUUCUAGGACAAUAUGAAGGCUAUAGAGAUGAUCCCACCGUACCUGACCAUUCAAAUACUCCAACUUUUGCGACUAUUAUUUUGCGAGUACACAAUGAGAGAUGGGAGGGUGUUCCAUUCAUACUAAAGGCUGGGAAGGCCUUAAAUGCAAGAAAGGCAGAUAUAAGAGUUCAAUUCAAGGAUGUUCCUGGUGAUAUUUUCCAGUGUCAAAAGCAGGGGAGAAAUGAGUUUGUUAUACGCCUGCAACCGUCAGAGGCUAUGUACAUGAAGCUUACAGUCAAGAAGCCUGGACUGGAGAUGGCAACAAUUCAAAGUGAACUAGAUUUGUCAUAUAGGCAACGUUAUCACGCAGUAAUCAUUCCAGAGGCUUAUGAGCGUUUAAUUCUUGACACAAUUAGAGGUGAUCAACAACAUUUUGUUCGCAGAGAUGAGUUGAAGGCAUCAUGGAAUAUGUUCACCCCACUUUUGCAACGCAUAGAUAAGGGUGAGUUCAAGUCAAUCCCUUACAAACCUGGAACCAGAGGUCCUGCAGAAGCAGAUAAACUAUUGCUGGAAAAAGCUGGUUAUGUUCGAACACACGGUUAUAUAUGGAUCCCUCCUACAGUGUAG